GGCGAAUCUUUACCCCUAAGCACAGCUUGUCGCAUGUGAGGUGAGAAGGCAACCUUACGUUGAGUUUGACACCAAAGUUUACGAAGGAGAUAGACGAUCCCAAUACCUCUUCACCAUAGCAGCAGUUUAUCGAGGCGUCAAAAUGUCCGCCCUCUUCAACUUCCAAUCUCUCCUCCUCGUCCUCCUGCUGCUUAUAUGCACGAGCGCAUACGUUCACCACUUUACACCUGGCAUUAUGGAUCGAAAUAAGAACGGGUACGAAAUGCGACUCACGCCGUUAUCGCGGAGACGGGGCUGACAACACUAGGUUCAUGGGCAUCUUCUGGAAAUGCGCGAGGAUAGGAGAAAGACUUAGUCCAUACAUAAGUAUAUGCUGUGUCCUCAUGGCUGUUUCUAUCCUCCUCAACUAAGCACACUACCACUAAUGCCACGUUUGUUUGUUUGCUUUUAAAGAUAUCACGACUGGUCAGGAGUUGGAGCGGGAAGAGGUGACAACCAGGUGGGAGUGUCGGCGCCGUUUACCAAGUUCACUAAACCUCAUAUCACGAUCAUGAAAUACUUUCCCCAUUUCUCUUUCGCAAAAUAUACCCUGAGAGAAUCUUUGAGCAUACCAUCCCGGUAUAUGCUUGCGUUACACCACGCGCUCAAGGCUUGUCACACAGACAGCUAAUCUCUGAAACACGGGAGGAAACUUUGAUUCAAGUACCUGAUGUGUUUGGUCAGAUCUCCUUAGGAGAGUAUUGCAUGAAGUAUCACAAAAGUGACAUGAAAUGUGAUGAUGGUAUCUGGAAAGGGUUGCAACUCGACAGGUACCUUUGAUGCCACAUAACCUCCACUCUCGAAUUAUGCGCGGUCCAAAUUGUUUGCCAGCGGCUCGAUGAAUCUCAGAUAUCAUAAACGCUAUUACCUCAUUAGGCAUGACGGUAAUUGGUAUUGAGGGAAACGGGCCAAUCUGUCUUUGGGUCUUUGGUGGCUCGGACUAGGAACUCACUCAAGUGGUAGGUCUUAGACUGUUAUACACAAUUAACGACAAAGGGAACCAAGCCCAUGUACAUAUGUAUAUAGCAGUGUAAUGGGACAAAAACAAAAACGAGAAAGGAAAAAAAAAACCACAAGCUGUUCAUUCCGUCUGCAGGUUGAUUAAGGAUG